AUGAAGAAAUCUAGUGAUCCUGAAAGACAGGUUAACUUUGUACGGAGGAGGUUUCACAAAGAUCUUAACUUUAAUCCAGUUUUGAUGCUGAACUUCUGUCCUGACCUUGCUGCCCUCAGUACUCUGAGCUCUGACCUUCCCACUGUUACCCGUGAAGUCAUAUUCAUUGUCCAUUUGAUGGGAGAACCAUCUCGCAAUGUUCGGGAAUCGCUUCUAUUGGCAGUGAGGAGUUUGCCAGCUCGAAUUUUGCUGAACAUAGCAUGUUGCACAGGUGACAGCAGGGCCCUAUUUCCAGCAAGCAGGCAAUGCAGUAAUGACGCGUUGGAGUUGGCUUGUGAUUUCAUCCAAAGUAAUAGGUUGUGUGGGACAACCAGCAAUCUGUUUUCUGUGUUGGGUCGGAUCAUGGAACUUCCUGUGCAUCGAGGCUAUCCCCGACAACUCUUUAUGAUCACGGAUACUGAUUUUAUUAAUACGAGCAGGAUUCUUGAGCUGAUUAGAAGACACACAAGAACUACACGGGUAUUUGGUUUUGGCCUUGGUUCAAGCAUAUGCCACAGAUUUCUUGAGAAAGUUUGCAGAAUAACAAGGGGAACAGUGGAGCUGGUCAGUGAGGGUGAAAGACUCCAGCCAAAGCUGAUUAAUGCAUUGAAGAAAGCACUGGAGCCUGCUCUGAGUGACAUUACAAUAGACUGGUAUAUGCCAGAGACUAUGGAGGCUCUGCUCACACCAAAUGAGAUUGCUCCACUCUACCCCGGUGAUUGCCUUAUUAGCUACUGCACUUUAUAUAACAUUGCCAGUUUCCGCAGCAAGAAAGCAAUGGCACGGGUAACUAGAGGAGGAUCACUUAGUUCUGUA